GCGCAGCAGCAGCUCGACUUCGCGUUCGAAUCAGCCAACACCGGUUGCGAGAUCCAGGCCGGGCAGAUGAAGAUCGGCAAUGCGGACGCCGUGAAGGCCGAGAAGAGCUCGGUGGUGCCGCUGGGGAACGAGAGCGAGGAGGUGCCCGACGUGGCGGCGCUGCCCGCGACCAUGCUGCUCGUGAAACUGGUCGCGAAGAUGGGCGUGAUGAAGGGCAUGAAGCUGGCGGUGGGAACGGGCGUGCCGAUGCUGCUGAUCGCGCCGCUGACCCAGCAGCUCGUAAAGCCG